AUGGGGGCCACCCCAGGAGCACAAGCCGGUACUCCUGCCAGAACGCCCGCUCCCUCCAAGAAGGUCGCCAUGGCCCCGUCGACGGGCAAGCAGAGUAGUAUUCUGGGCUUCUUUUCCAAGUCAUCCGCGGUCAAGAGCCAAGCCAGCCCUUCGACCUCGAGGCCGAUGCCAAACAGGAACGGCAGCGACUCGUCACCAUGCCUCAAGGAGACUACCAAGUCCAACGCUCGCGCGCGCCCCGUCCGUGAAUCGAGCAACAUCACUCCGGUCCCCAGCAGCGAUGCCCCUGAGCCUCUGAGCUCCCAGGAGAACAGGGACUCGGCCCCAGUCAAGGUAUCUUACGACGCCCUACCGUCACCCGUGACGCCGGCUGAGGUGGUCAACAAGCAGUCUGUCGUUGCCCCUUCUGCCAUGAGCAGCAGCCCGAUCCGCAAGGCCAAGAAGACGAUCAACUACGCCGAGUCGUCGGACGAGGACGACGAGGACAUUUUCGUAUCGCUCAAAACCAACCAGUCUAGGCGACGUGGCCGUCCUGCUAUCGUCGACGACGACGACGGGGACGACUACAAGGUUGAGGAUGACGACGCGGCGCCUGUCGACGAUGAUGAAGACAUGGCCGACUUUGUGGUCUCAGAUGAGGAUUCGGACGCCCCAGCCAAGUCUAGGAAACGCAAGCGCCCGGCCAAGCCGUCAGCGCCACGGAAGCGACCGACGCGGUCGCCAUCGCCGACCACCUCUGUCACUAUCAAGGAGGACGAAGAUGAAUCACUUGACGAGAUACCCUCCGCCUCCACCGCUCAGAAGUGGCGGUACGACCCGGAGAAUGUGCAAAACACCGGUGUCCGUGCCCCCGCGGCCCAGCCGACAAGCAAGACCAAGCAAGGCAAGACCAAGGAGAAGGCACACACCAAAGAGCCCGAGGACAGGUACCCCUGGCUGGCGACCAUCGCUGACAUCAAUCGUAACCCUAUCGGCCACCCCGACUAUGACAAGUCCACCAUCUACAUACCCCCGAACGCCUACCACAAGUUCUCGCCCUUUGAGAAGCAGUACUGGGCCAUCAAGCAGAAACUCUGGGACACGGUCGUCUUCUUCAAGAAGGGCAAGUUCUACGAGCUGUACGAGAACGACGCCACCAUCGGACAUCAGCUCUUCGAUCUCAAGCUGACCGACCGUGUCAACAUGCGCAUGGUCGGCGUCCCCGAGAGCUCCCUGGACAUGUGGGUGAACCAGUUCGUUGCCAAGGGGUACAAGGUGGCCCGCGUCGACCAGAUGGAGUCGGCUCUCGGCAAGGAAAUGCGCGAGCGCGGCGAUACGGGCCCUGCCAAGAAGGCCGACAAGAUCAUCCGCCGCGAACUGGCUUGUAUCCUAACCGGCGGCACCCUCGUCGAUGGCAGCAUGCUCCAGGACGACAUGGCCACCUACUGUGCCGCCAUUAAGGAGUCCACCGCGGCAGACGGCAACCCUGCAUUCGGCAUUGCAUUUGUCGAUGCCGCCACGGGCCAGUUCUUCAUCUCCGAGUUUGUGGACGACGUGGACCUGACCAAGUUUGAGACCUUUGUCGCCCAGACGUCGCCCCGGGAGCUGCUCCUGGAGAAGUCUCGGCUCUCGACCAAGGCCCUGCGCAUCCUCAAGAACAACACCGGCCCCACCACCAUCUGGAACCACCUCAAGUCGGGCGUGGAGUUCUGGGAUGCGGAGCUGACCAGGCGCGAGCUCGACUGCAACGGCUACUUUGCCUCCGAGCAGCGCGAUGCCGAAGACUGGCCCGAGAAGCUGGGCCAGGCGCGCGACAAGGACCUUGUCAUGUCUGCCCUGGGAGCCCUGGUUCACUACCUUCGUGUCCUCAAGAUCGAGCAGAACCUACUCUCGCAGGGUAACUUUGAGUGGUAUAACCCAAUCCAGCGCGACGGCACCCUGAUUCUGGACGGCCAGAGCUUGAUCAACCUCGAGAUCUUUGCCAACACGGUGAACGGCGGCCCCGAUGGCACGUUAUUCAGCCUGCUGAACCGCUGCGUGACGCCCUUCGGCAAGCGUCUCUUCCGCCAAUGGGUCUGCCAUCCGCUCUGCAACACAGUCAAGAUCAACGAGCGCCUCGACGCUGUCGACAUGCUCAACGCGGACCGCAGCAUCCGCGACCAGUUUUCCUCGCAGAUGACUAAGAUGCCUGACCUGGAAAGACUGAUCUCGCGGGUCCACGCCGGUGCUUGCAAGCCUGAAGACUUUGUCAGGGUGCUCGAAGGUUUUGAGCAGAUCGAGUAUACGGUCAGCCUCCUGAGUGCCUUUGGGGGCGGCAACGGCCUCGUCGACCGGCUGCUAGCGUCCAUGCCUGACCUCAACCAACCACUGGACUACUGGAAGAGCGCCUUUGACAGGCAAAAGGCACGCGACGAGAAAUUGCUGAUCCCCGAGAGGGGCAUCGAGGAGGACUUUGAUGAGAGCGCUGACAACAUCAAGCGCAUCAAGAAGGCUCUGCACUCGCUCCUCGAUAAGCAAAAGAUGAUCCUCAAGUCCAAGACCAUCAAGUUCACCGACAUCGGCAAGGAGAUCUACCAGGUCGAGGUCCCCAAAGCCGUCAAGGUUCCCAAGGACUGGAGGCAGAUGUCAGCCACCGCGAGCGUCAAGCGGUACUACUUCCGGGACCUGGACGAGCUCAUCCGGGAGCUGCAGGAGGCGGAGGAGACGCACUCGCAGAUCGUCAAAGACGUGGCGUCUCGGUUCUUCAAGCACUUCGACACCGACUAUGAGACGUGGCUGCAGGCUAUCCGGAUCAUGGCUCACCUGGACUGCCUCAUCAGCCUGGCAAAGGCGUCAUCGAGCAUGGGCGAGCCGAGCUGCCGGCCUCAGUUUGUCGACUCUGAGCGCAGCGUCGUCGACUUUACAGAGUUGCGCCACCCGUGCAUGCUCAACACCGUGGACGACUUCAUUCCCAACGACAUAAGGCUUGGCGGCGACGAGGCAAAGGUGAACCUGCUGACGGGUGCCAACGCUGCCGGCAAAUCGACCAUCUUGCGCAUGUCCUGCAUCGCUGUGAUCAUGGCUCAGAUCGGCUGCUACGUCCCCGCCGCGUCUGCCCGGCUGACGCCCAUUGACCGGAUCAUGUCGCGUCUGGGCGCCAACGACAACAUUUUCGCAGCCCAGUCGACCUUUUUUGUCGAGCUCUCCGAGACCAAGAAGAUUCUGUCAGAGGCGACCCCGCGCUCACUGGUCAUCCUAGACGAGCUCGGCCGUGGCACGUCGUCCUACGACGGUGUUGCUGUGGCCCAGGCCGUUCUUCACCAUGUGGCGACGCAUAUCGGCUGCGUGGGCUUCUUUGCCACGCACUACCACUCGCUGGCCACCGAGUUCGAGAACCACCCGGAGAUCCGGGCGCGGCGCAUGCAGAUCCACGUCGACGACAAGAAUCGCUGCGUGACGUUCCUGUACAAGCUCGAGGACGGCGUGGCCGAGGGGUCCUUUGGCAUGCACUGCGCGGCCAUGUGCGGGAUCCCCAACCGCGUGAUCGAGAGGGCCGAGGUCGCGGCCAAGGAGUGGGAGCACACGAGCCGCCUCAAGGACAGCCUAGAGCAGGCCAAGACGGGCUGCUACAUACCGCUGGGCAUGCUGAGCGAUAUCUCCAGCCUGCUUGGCGACAAGAAAGAGGAGGACGAGGAUGAAAUCAACGGGCGCGGGCUUAAUGUUCUGCUCGAAGCGAUUGCAGCACUAUAA